AUUAAGCUCUGUAAUGCCUAGCAUUAUUAGUGAAUCUCAGACUGCUUUUGUCAAAGGCAGAGUAAUUGGUGAAAACAUUCUACUCGCACAUGAACUGAUAUGAUCCCAUUUGGCUUAGUCUACAAGCCACAAUGGAUUGAAUCAAAAUUCAUCUCAAGCUAUGAAAUGAAUUCCAAAUUUUGUCCAAGUGUUUUAUCCGUUUCAGGUACCGUACUUGGCACUCAAGUUUCUUCCAAUUGGAUCAAUGGAAAUGGGCAAAGGAAGUCUUGUUUUGAAGCUGGUGAGUUUUUCUAGAAGAUAGAGUAUUCUGGAGCUCAAGAACAAGGCAGGAGGGUCAUGGUUAAAGUGUCACAAAACGCUAUGUCGAAACUGGAAUUUUGCCAAAAAUUGGUCAAGUGUCAGAACCAGUUUGAGAACCCUACUUUGGAGGAGUAUUCGAAGCACAUGGGGAAGAGUCGAGGCUGAAUCUUUGUGCAGCAUGAAAGUAGGUUUCUUCUACUACAACAACGUGGCGUUGGAUGACUGGAAUGAAGAAUGGAAGGCCUCAAACGAAAGCUCCAAAGAUCGUAUCGAAACUGAGUUUCUGUCUUGGGAAACAAGGCAAUCCGAAUCCUUAUCGGAUUAGGAUUCCUUUGCUGGUUUGUGUUUAAUUCCUUUUCAUUGUUGGUUUUGGUUUCCUUUUCCAAUCGUAAUUUGUUUAGGACUUCUCUAAGAGUAGUUGGAUUGGCUAGGUCUAUUUAAGCAACUUUGAUUCAUUGUAAUUUUCAGAUUUCAUAGAAUUGAAUACAAACUUGAGUUUGGUUCACAAAGCUUGUUGCUUUCGUGAGUUUGAGAGUUGUUUAGAAGGAGUUCUAAGCAGCUUGAGUGCUUGUAUCGUUCAACUAAUCACGUUGUUCAUGGCCGAGCUUCUACCUAUAGUUUACGAGCCUUUCUCCCUUCGUGAGAAUUGCACGAAACUUCCACCAACACACAUUCAAAUCAUACCCUGUUUGUGGAGUUCUUGCUCGAGGAAACUCUUGGAUUCCUUAGUUGUGCUAUUCUGAUCAAUAAACCUCAUCUAGGGGUUCAUCAAGUGGCAUCAAGAGCCUGGUUGUACACAGUGGACAGAACGAAGGAAGGCGUGGUCACAACGACGCCCUGGACAAGGUCAAAAGGACCUGUGUCGGAAGACCCUGCUUUUGUGUUUCCAGAAUCAACGAAGAAGAAGGACCGAAUAGAGAUGGCUGGAUAGACGUUUGACAUGAAGGAAUUGUUGGAUCGUAUGGAGGAGAUGGUUCAGGCUCAAAUUCGAGAUCUAUUAGGGCAAUUUAAACAAGAAAUUGACCGGCAAUUUGAGACUAUUGCUUGGCCGGAGAAUCGGGUUCGAACAGAGGAAGCUCCCGGCGGAGAAAAGCCAGCUGGUAAUCCAGCAUUGUUGGAUAGAAUUGCGGAGCUUGAACGGAGACUCGUCAUUGCUGAUCCCAAUCGAGAACGUCCACACCGUGAUCGUCGCGAACGACAAAAAGAAGUAGAACCGGCAAUCCCUCCGAGCAUCAAGCUAUCAGUACCAGCGUUUCAGGGGACAAUGAAUCCCUCUACAUAUCUCGACUGGGAAAGGAAGAUUGUGCUUUUCUUCCAAUGUGGACAGUUUACUGAAGGCUAAAAAGUAGCUAUGGCUACUUAUGAAUUCUCGGAUUACGUCACCCAGUGGUGGGAGCAGCUGCAGCUUCGCCGGCGAUGAAAUAAUCAGAAUCCGGUCGCGACCUGGGACGAGCUACGUGGAAUCAUGCGAGAUAGGUUCAUACCUGCCUAUUACCAGCGCGAACUCUAUGAAUCUCUGUAGGGGAUUAAACAAGGGUCAAGGAGUGUGGAGGAGUACUUCCGAGAACUUGAAUUGCUGAUGAUGCGGGCCGAUGUAAGGGAAGAUCGAGAAGCGACGGUGGCGCGAUUUUUUCAUGGUUUGAACCGCAAGAUUCGACAGGAAGUGGAUCUUUGAUCUUUUGUCAACCUGGAGGAAGCCCUUCACCUCACAAUUAAGGUUGAAAAGCAAC